GCCGAGUUAGCUGUCCACUCGUUUUUUAUUCAUUUUCUCUCAUUUUUUUUUCCUUCUUCCGCGAGUUUUCCAGAGAUUCAUCGAAAAUUCUGAAAAAAAGAAUUCCACUUUUCUUUGAAUUAUAAUUUUUUCGCUGUCCUCAACUCUUUGACAUUGUUUUUUUUUUCCUGGUGAUUUCAUCGUGAAAAAAUCGCAGAUUCUUAGUCUCAUCAUUUUAUUUUUUAUUUUUAAAUUCCGAGAUAUUUUUGUUUACAUUAUUAUAGUUGUAAAGAGAUCUGAAGCUUUUAAUUUUUUUCCGUCAGCGAUCUGAGAAUUUUCUGGGAAAGAAUCGAAGGUUUUUGCGCUUUGUUUUCCCCCCUUUCUUUUACAUUGCCUUUACUAAGACGCCAUUGGCUGUUCACUGAAAUAAAGAGAUAAAAAAAAAAGGUUGAAGAAGAUCGUCUCAUUUUCACCAUUUCCAGAGAUCCAAAACAAUAAAUAUCCCUCUUUUUUAAAAAGAUGAUGAGGAUGAAGACUAAAGCGACAGGACUGUCACCGGCGGUGACAAAUGGAGAAUCAGGUUUUGUCGGUGGCGGUGAACCGACUGCUCAUGAUUGGGAGCUUAGACCCGGUGGCAUGUUGGUUCAAAAGCGAGACCUCGACACCGGUCGUCCCCCUAUCCCACCGCCGACAAUUAGAGUCAGAGUCAAAUACAAGUCAAUCUAUCAUGAAAUCAGCAUCAAUUCUCAAGCUACAUUCGGAGAGUUGAAGAAGAUGUUAACAGGCCCAACAGGGCUACACCAUCAAGACCAAAAACUUUUAUACAAAGACAAAGAGAGGGAUUCCAAGGCGUUUUUAGAUACGGCCGGUGUGAAAGACAAAUCCAAGCUUGUUUUAAUUGAAGACGCGAUUAGCCAAGAAAAGAGAUUACUGGAAAUGAGAAAGAAUGCUAAACUGGAAAAAGCUUCUAAAUCUAUCUCUGAAAUCAGCUUGGAGGUUGAUAGGCUUGGUAAUCAGGUGUCUACUUUUGAAUCUAUAAUUACUAAAGGUGGGAAAGUAGCAGAGAAAGAUGUGCUUAAUUUGAUUGAACAGUUAAUGAAUCAAUUGCUUAAGUUGGAUGGUAUUAUGGCUGAUGGUGAUGUCAAAUUGCAAAGAAAAAUGCAGGUGAGAAGAGUUCAAAAAUAUGUUGAAACAUUGGAUAUGUUGAAGAUUAAAAACGCCAUGCCUAGUACCAAUGGAGCUCAAUCCGAAACACAGAAUCGACAUAAGCAUAGUGUUCGAAAACAAGAGCAGCAAUCCAGGCAAAGAUUAGCACCAAUCCAGGAGCAACAAUCGAGCAACUCGGUUUCUCAUUUGCCAAUCCAUCAACAAUACCAGCACAAGCAUCAGCACCAGCAGGCAUCUGGGCCGGUCGUAGUUACUACGAAAUGGGAAACAUUCGAUUCAUCCCCGGCAACAUUGCCGGUCACCUCGACAUCUACAUCUUCAUCAGCCGCUAAUAACUCAGCCCCACCGAAGUUCCCCUGGGAAUUCUUCGAUUAAAGACAGUAUGCCUAUGUCCUCUUUGGUUUUUCAUUUCAUUUUUUAUCUGUGUGAAUGUGAUUUGGGUUUGCUUCUUCUUCUUGUACUUAGAUUUUCUCAAGCAACCCUUUUCUUUUUCCCAUUUUCAUAAAAUCUAUCAUUAAGUUCAUCAUAAAAAAAAUAAAAAAAAUGGGGCGCUUCCAUCAUUUAAAAAAAAAACCCUGUUUUUAUUCUCUUUUAUAUUCCAGUCUGUAAUGUCCUUUUGAUGGGUGACAAACAUUUGUAUAUUUUGUAGACUUUGUUAAAUUAAAAGAUACUAUUAGCCA